UGAUAUGAGCCGAUUAGUUUAUACAGUAUCAGCCUGUCAAGUACGACAUAUUCCCGUUAUCGCCGGUGUCACGUCAUCGACUCAGCCUGGUCCAGAGGAAAACAUUGGUACUCGAUCUGGAUGAGACGCUGAUCCAUUCACACCAUGAUGCUAUGCCCAGGAACAAUGUGAAACCUGGCACACCGCACGAUUUUACGGUGAAAGUGACGAUCGAUAGACAUCCUGUACGAUUUUUCGUUCACAAGCGACCGCAUGUGGACUUCUUUUUGAGUGUGGUCUCUCAAUGGUACGACGUGGUCGUAUUUACCGCAAGUAUGGAAAUUUAUGGAGCAGCUGUUGCAGAUAAACUAGAUGCCGGCAGGAAUAUACUGCGCAGAAGAUACUAUCGCCAGCACUGCACUCCUGACUUUUCGUCAUACACCAAAGACCUAACGGCUAUCAAUAAUGACUUAAAUAACAUUUUUAUCAUAGACAAUUCGCCGAACGCGUACCGAUGCUUUCCAAACAAUGCGAUACCAAUAAAAUCGUGGUUUUCGGAUCCAAUGGACAUUGCACUGUUAUCGUUGCUGCCACUGUUAGAUGCGUUACGUUUCACAAAUGACGUGAGAUCGGUGUUGUCACGAAAUUUACAUUUCCAUCGUUUAUGGUAGCGAGUGAGUGUUUCGGGUGCGGAGAAAUCUAUAUUUAAUUCUUGGACCAGUUAAUUUUGAUUUGAGAUGUGGAUGGGUGGUUUUUUGAGGAACUUUAUUUCGACAAACUUAGCACAUGACGAUGACCUUGAAAUAUCUUCUGUAUAGUGAAUCUGAGGAUCUCGAUGUUGUUAUGUGACAGUAUAUAUCCCGUUUUUGUCACAAGAUGUACCAGUCAAUUUAAUUACAAUUGUGUCGAAGGGAUCAUUCACCUUCCAUACAUUUUUCUUUGAAAAUUCCGAUAAAUCAGGAUUUUGGCGUUACGUCAUUUAUAAACGACCCCCAACGAGAAUAUAACCACUGUGCUGUAGUUGUUUUGGAAGAUUUCCCUUUUUUUGUGUAUCUUCCCAAAUGCAGCUGGUGAUUUCCGUGCCGUAAAUUACUAUAAUUUGCGUAAUAGAA